AUGCCAGAGGAACUCUCAAUGAUCGCCGGCUCUUCCUACAUACCAAAAAUAAGAACACCGCCGAAGCCCGCCGGCGAAGACGCCCACUUUUUCAACCAGACGGCGCAGGUCAUCGGCGUCGCCGACGGCGUCGGCAGCUGGGCGAGAAAAGGAGUCGACGCCGGCAAGUACGCGCGAGAGCUCAUGAGGAACGCCGAGUUCUCGGUCCUCCGCUCCGCCCCCGCCGCCGUCGACCCCAAAUCCGUGAUCGCGGCCGCCUUCUCGCGGACGAAGGCGGCCGGAUCGAGCACCGCCUGCAUCCUCUCGCUCGCCGGAAACCGCAUCCGGGCGGCGAACGUCGGCGACAGCGGCUUCAUGGUGAUCAGGAGAGGAAGUAUGAUUUUCCGGUCGCCGGCGCAGGUGUGGAAGUUCAACGCGCCUUAUCAGCUCGACGGGAGGCUGAGAGAGGGGCCGGGGCAGGCGGAGGAGAUGGCGGUGGAGGUCCAGAGCGGCGACGUGGUGGUCGCCGCCACGGACGGGUUGUUCGACAAUAUGUUCCCCGAGGACGUGGAGGCCGUCGUGGGGCGGUGCCUCUCGGAGGGGGUGGAGCCGCGGAUGGUGGCGCGUGAAUUGGCCGAGGUGGCGCACGAGAAAUCUGAGCGCCGCGACAUCGAGACCCCGUUUUCCGUGGCUGCGGCCAAGGCCGGAUGUAAGCAGUUUGGCCGUGGCGGGAAAAUAGAUGAUAUAACCGUUGUUGUUGCGUUUAUUAGUAGAGCACUCGGCAGUCGCAUCUAUUCACAUCAUUCAAUUUAG